AUGGAGUCGCUUACACCAAAUCCUUCCUUCGCUUGUUUCUCAAAGAGCUUAUCUCAUUACCCUUGUCGUCUUUCCUUCGUCAAGCUAACUUCUAUCCAAAAGCUUGAAGCUUCCAACACCAUAUCUUUAUGCUGUAAAUCGUCCUCUUCUUCGGAUUCCCUGAGUCCUAAAUCAGAUUGCAACGGUAGCAAUCGUCGAAUUCUGCUAAACCCUUUGUGUGUGUUACGCCCAAUCAUCCGGACGAUUAAGGGAUUGGUUUCGUCUCAAUCCCGGCAAUGGAUGUCGCGUUUCCGAGCUUACAGAGACGAUACGGCGGCGUUUUCGGAGCAUUUAUCCGCCGGGGAUUUGAAGCAGAACGGUGGUUUAGGGAUUGCUCUUCUGAGCGUAACGGCUUCGGCUAAGAUUAGGAUUAGCCCUAUCGUGGCGACGCUAUCGGCGAAUCCGACGUUCGUCUCUGCUGUUGUCGCGUGGUUCUUCGCGCAAUCGAGUAAAAUGGUUAUCAAUUUCUUCAUUGAGAGGAAAUGGGAUUUUCGUUUGUUGUAUGCUUCUGGUGGAAUGCCUUCGUCGCACUCGGCUCUGUGUAUGGCUCUGACGACCUCUGUGGCGCUUUGUCAUGGAGUUGCGGAUUCGUUGUUUCCGGUUUGCUUAGGGUUUAGCUUGAUUGUCAUGUAUGAUGCAAUCGGCGUUAGACGCCAUGCCGGUAUGCAAGCUGAGGUUCUGAACUUGAUCAUAAGGGACUUGUUCGAAGGACAUCCCAUCAGUCAAAGAAAGCUAAAGGAACUGCUGGGUCACACUCCUUCGCAGGUUCUUGCAGGAGCUUUAGUUGGUGUUGUGAUUGCUUGCUUUUGUUGCCAAGGCCAUCUCGUCUCAGCCUAA